AUGUUGGAAGGAACUCCAACAAGCAUGGAGAAAAAGAUGGCUCAGCUGAGCAAAGUCAUCGAAUACCUUAUGUCGCAUCUUGAAGAACGUAUUAUGAUCAUUGAAUACCUCCAUAAAAAGGGAACUUCAGAAGUUGAUACGUUAUUAAAUCAAACUUGUGAAAAAUUAGAAGCUUACGCUAAAGAAAUCGAGCAAUCCUUUUCAAACGCUCCAGAAUCGAUAUCAAAUCAAUACAAAAAAGAUUAUCAGACAAUUAUAGAUGGAUAUCACUCUUUUAAAAGGAAGCAAGUUCAUAAAUAUCAUGUUGUUCAGCGCGCAACUGAAGAGCUUAAACAACAAGUAAGCUCUUUAGCAACCGAAAUCAAGCCACAGCUUGAGCAAUACACGAAAUUCUUUGAAUCAGAUUUUAACGCAAGCCAUGAUGCUAAUUUCGAAAAGAAAAUGCAGAUGGAAGAAGAACACAAAAGAAAAAUAAUGAUACAUGAUAAGGAAGCCAAUCAAAAAUACCAACAAUACGAACAAGAUGCGAAAACUUCCGAAGAACAUUUAAUAAUUGACUACAGACGUAAGAUAGCUAACAUCAGCGUAUUCAAUAAACUCAACCCGAAAUCAAAAACAAGAGCAAUUGAAUGGUUACAUGCAAAAAAGAAACAAAUUACAGAACUAAAAGAAACGUUAGAGCAAAACAGACAAGAGAUCAUUAAACUAAUGCGAAAUAACAGUAACUACUUGUCCUCAAUUAAAGGAAAAUCCGUAAAUUUAAUUCGACAAAUUUCAAUCGAGAAAAAGAAAGUCGAUCAGAAAAUGACAGACAUCGAAAAUGGAUUCGUACUUGAAGACUCUACCGAAUUACAGACUAAAAAGAAAGAUCAGCUCGUUACUUUUCAUACAGCAGAAAAUAAAAUCAGAUUUCAACUUGAAAAACAGGUCAGAGACCAAAAUGCAGUUGUUGAUGAAUGGAAGAAAAAGAAUUAUGUUGAUUACGAUAGUAUUUUCCAGAAAAUUAAUGACGAUCAUGCAAAAGAAAGAAAUUUAUUAGAUGAAAAACUAAAAAAAGAAGAAAAGGAAUUUAUGGAUGCUCUGAAAGCAUUACAAAAGAAAUAUGAUGAUCUUGCUGCAGAUAAAAUCGAUGAUUCUGACAUAGAAAAGCAAAAAUCGGAACAUGCCAAAAUUAUUGAACAAGAAAAGAACGAUUACGUCAUUGCUCUUGAGAAUGAGAAUAGAUCUUAUAGUAGAGAUAGUAAUUUACUACAGAAUAGGCUUGAAAUCCUUAAUUCUGUUAAUAAACAAAUUGAAUCUUCCAAAAUUACAAAGGAACAUCUUAAAAAAGAGCUCCAGCAUUUAAUAGAAAUAGGUACUGUUAAAGAAGAAAAGAUUAAUAUCAUGAAUGAUCCAAAAUUCGCAAGUCAAUAUUAUUCUAUCGAUGAUCAACUGAAUUCUAACUUAGAAUCAAUGCAGGAUGAAAUGGAUUCUGAAAUACAAGAUGUUAAGACUGAUCUGACUAAGGUUUUCAAUAAACUUUCCGGUGAAUAUGAUUCAGAAUUAAAAGUUAACCUUAAAUCAGUUGAAAAAGAGUUUGAAACUAAUGAAAUCGACGAAAUGAUUAAAAAUUACAAGGAAGAAAUCCAAAAACUUGAAGAAGAAUACGAUUCUUUACAAGCUCAUUUAAUUGUUGACGGAGUUGAUGUAGAUGAGUUGUUUGAGAAGCGCCAAACAUUAAUAAAACAACAUGACAGUAUAAGAGAUGAAUAUAUUGAACAAAUGAAGAAAGAAUUUGAAGAUGCAAAUCAGGAAGUCAAAUCUGAGGAACUAGAACCACUUAAAUCAAGACUUGAUAAAGUUAAAACAGAAAAUACCAAUAAAUUGAAUGAAUUGGACCAAGAAAUCGAGUCAUUACAGAAACAACUUGAAAUUUAUAAACAAAAACAAACUACUGUUGAAGAUCCAAGCGAAGACAUAAUCAAAAAGCUUGAAGCAGAGCUUGAAGAGUUAAAAUCUCAGUCAGAAAAACAAAUUUCAGAAGCAAAUGCAAAUUAUCAAAAAGUUACUGAAGAUUUGAAAUUUAUGGAUGAUUACGAACAUAACCCAGCUACUAUGGACUACGAAAAUGACGGACAAAUUCUAGAAAACGCUAAAAAACAAAUUGAGAUGAAUCUUGAAAAAUCAACCAGAGAAAUCAAUAUCAACUUCGACCAAGAAAAAUUCAACAUCAAUAAAGAACAUUUCCUUAAAUCCAGGGAAAUUAAAUACCAAAUCGGAGAAUUGGAGUUUAAGAUGAAGAUGGACGAAAAUGCAUUCAACAAUACGAUGGAUGAAAAGGAUGUCUCCAAUUCUAAUACAUUUGCAGGAGAAAGUUCCUUAAUUCAAGAUUCAAAUAAAGAAAUUUUGAAUCAGAAAGGGGAGAAACAGAAAGAACUCGAAUCGUUACAAAAACAACUCCAAGAGAAGAAAGAAGAUAACGAAAAACUCAAAACUUCUGAAGAAAUUAUCAAAAAAUUGCAGUCAGACAUUGCCGACAAAGAUGGAGAAUUUGUAAAAUAUGCUGCAGAACUCGAAGCAGUUAAGAUUGCUCUUGCAGAGGCCAUGAAACAAGAAUCAGCACCAAAGAGACCUAGUUCAGCACUUGAUCGUACAAAGAAUAGAUCUGCACCAAAGAUUAUCACUCCAAAACUUAAUUAA